AACUGAUGGGCUGAGAGGGAGAGGGAAUAUGACAGCGCUGGGUUUCUGCACUCUAAUAAACCCCAGCAGGAUCAGCUUCCAGUGCACAGUGUACUAAAGGCAGACUGAGCCGAGAAAGCCUGCAACAAAUAACCAGUCACACUCUCAGGGAUCUGGGCUGUCCCCAGCUGAGAGAGGGGAGCUGUGUGAUCCUAUUUCUGCCGGAUUGUAUAGAAGCUGCUGAUCAAGACUACAUUUCUCCACCCAAAAUCUGAACCAGUGCUCUACCCAUCCCAGACCAGCCUCCCAGCCGGACCUCUGGGCUCUGGCUGAAUUUCCGGACACUGGUGGGAGAAGAUGGGCAGUGAAGGAGGAAGCAGUGCCCUAGGUCCCCUACAAGGCGGAGUACACCUCAUUGUGCUGAUUUGCUUACUUAGGCUGUCAAGGUGCCAUGCUGAAGUGCCCAUAAGCCAGACACCAGGGAUGCGCAUUCCCGCCAGAGGAGGCAUCAAUCUAACUGACCGUGGAACUGGCAACAAGCACCAGCCUCUGGUCUUUAAUCAUGUCUACAAUUUCAAUGUUCCAUUGGGAUUUCCCUGCACAGUGGAGCAAGAGUCUCCAGAAGAAGCUAGCUGGGUGUCUCAGCAGACAGAGAAUACAGCAGAUGCUGGGAGCCAGAUCACCUUCACACACAGCAUUCGGGUACCGCAAAGGUUAUGUCAGUGCUACACAGCCCCACUUGCAGUGCAGCACCUCCUCAGCAGGAUUGAGGCACUGGAAAGAGAGGUGUUGCUGCUCCAAGAACGCUGUAAUGACAGAGGAUGUCAGGACGCAGAGGCCACAGGUCUCACAGAAUUCGCACCUCCCUGCAGCGGACAUGGAAACUUCAGUAUGGACUCAUGUGUGUGCAGCCAGGGCUGGGGAGGAGAAAAUUGUUCGGAACCUUUGUGUCCCCUGGGCUGCUCCGGGAGAGGUACCUGCAUAGAGGGCAUCUGUGUGUGUGAACCAGAUUACACAGGCGAGUGGUGCACAGACCUGUUGUGCCCAGAAGAGUGCAGCCCCCACGGCCAAUGUCAAGAUGGGCAAUGCAUCUGCCAAGACCCAUAUACCGGUAUCGGCUGCACAGAACUCCGCUGUCCAGGUGACUGCUUGGGAAAAGGACGUUGUGCCAAUGGGACCUGCGUAUGCCAAGAUGGUUAUGCCGGAGAGGACUGCGGGCGUAUGUGGUGUGUGAAUGCCUGCAGUGGGCGAGGGCAGUGCCAGGAUGGUGUCUGUGAGUGCGAGGAGGGGUACAGUGGGCAGGAUUGUUCUGAAGUUGCCCCGCCAGUGGAUUUCAGUGUGACAGCUUUGGGCGACCACUGGAUGGACCUGACAUGGGAAGGAACGUCUGCAGUGACAGAGUAUGUCAUCUCCUACCAGCCUGCGGUGCCAGGAGAGUGGGGCAAUCAGCAACGCCUACAGCAGAGGGUGCCAGGAGACUGGAGCGCUGUCACCAUCAGGGAACUAGAGCCGGGAACGAUGUACAAUAUCAGCGUCUGCUCUGUCAUUAGUGACAUCACCAGUGAGCCGGCCAGUAUUGCCAUGUCUACCCAUAUCUCCCCACCAACAGGACUGCAGUUUAAAAAUGUGACUCAGACCUCAGUGGAGGUGCAGUGGGAACCCCCAGUGUUUGCUAUUGAUGGCUGGGAAAUUAGUUUCACCCCUAAGAAUAAUGAGGGUGGCCUAACCGUCCAGCUCCCCAGCAGUGUCACUUCUUAUAACCAGACGGGGUUGAAACCAGGAGAAGAGUACACCAUUAGCAUCAUUUCAUUGAAAGAGCAAGCAAGGAGCCCUCCAACAUCAGGCAGCAUAACGACGGAAAUUGACGGCCCAUCACACAUCCUAGUUCGGGACGUGUCUGACACCGUAGCUUUUGUGGAGUGGACUCCGGCAAGAGCUAAGCUGGACUUCAUCCAACUUCAGUAUGGCCCAGUCAACGGAGAAGGGGAGAAGACCACCUUCCGCCUGCAGCCCCCUCUGAGUCAGUAUUCCAUGCAAGUCCUGCGACCAGGAGCGCUGUAUGAGGUGUCCGUGUGUGGCAUCCGUGGGGACAUUCGCAGUAAUCCUGUCAGUGCCACUUUCAUCACAGAGCUAGACGCCCCAAAAAAUUUACGGGUGAUCUCCCGUGCCUCAGCCACCCUGGAACUGGAGUGGGAUAACAGUGAGGCAGAGGGUAAGGGUUACCUGGUCGUCUACAGCACGCUUGCCGGAGAUCAGUACCACGAACUCAGGGUACCAUGGAACACUGGCCAAAUCACAAGAGCCACACUUACAGAUUUGAUCCCGGGAACAGAAUACGGAAUUGGAAUAUCAGCCAUCCGAGAUAAUCUUCAGAGCGCUCCGGCAACGAUGAACGCCCGUACUGACUUGGACAGCCCAAGCGAUCUGAUAGUCACUGGUUCCACUGACAAGACCAUCUCCCUAGCAUGGACAAAAGCCCAGGGUCCUGUUGACCACUACCGCAUCUCUUUCACACCGUCUUCUGGCAUGGCUGCCGAAAUCACAGUUCCCCCUGAAAACUCACAGUAUGACCUGACGGACCUUGACCCAGGAACAGAAUACACCAUUACUAUCAUUGCAGAAAGGGGACGGCAGCAGAGCAGAGAGAUUACCGUGGAUGCAUUUACAGGUUUCCGCCCAAUUACACAGCUGUAUUUCUCCGGAAUCACAGCUUACAGUGUAAACGUUUCAUGGACUGACCCCUCUCCACCAGCCGACAGGUUCAUACUUAGCUAUACUCCCAUAGGGGGCAGUGAACCCAUGGAGCUCUCUAUCGAUGCAUCAAUGCGGCAAACACAUCUCUCGGACCUGCUGCCCAGCACAGAGUAUCUGGUUACCCUGCUACCUGUCCAUGGGACACUAAGAGCAGAACUGGUGGAAGGCACAGUAACAACCGGGGUGGCACCUCCUAUGGAUGUAUCGGUGAUCAAUGUAACAGAGGACUCAAUGACAGUGGUUUGGAGACCUCCGCCUUCCUCGUUUCACCAUUACCGACUUUCUUACCAGUCAACUAAAGGGAGAAUGGACAGCGUGGUGAUUGCUAAUGAUCAGACUCAGUAUACCCUCUCCAAUUUGCAGCCAACCACUGAGCACAGGAUCAGCCUGAGCAGUGUCUGGGGUCGGGAGGAGAGUGAGCGAGUCAGUAUAACAGCAGUGACAGCCAUGGAUCCUCCGUUUGGCCUGAGGGCCAGUAACGUCAGUGACUCGGGAGCUGUUCUGCAAUGGGAGCCGCCAAGGGCAGACGUGGAGAGUUACAUAAUCACUCUGACACACCAUACGGUCUCAGGAGAAACCAUUCUCAUUGAUGGGGAUAGCCAGGAGUUUCAGCUGCAGAGCCUUCUCCCACGAACCCAUUAUUCAGUCUCUCUGGCAGCCAGCAUCGGGCCCCAAGCCAGCCGGAGCACCAGUGUCAGCUUCACCACAUAUUUGGAUCCUCCCACAAACUUGACAGCCACUGAGGUGACCAGAACAAGUGCUCUGGUGUCGUGGGUGCCGCCUAUCUCUGCUAUUGAAAACUACAUUCUGACGUACAAAUCUACUAACGGCACCAGAAAGGAGCUGAUUGUGGAUGCUGAAGACUCAUGGAUCCGCCUGGAGGGACUGCUGGAGAGCACUGAAUACAAUGUCACCAUACUGUCGGUACAGGAUGGAGAGCGAAGUUCCAUCGCUCACACAACGUUCACUACAGGUGGAAGAGUGUUCUCCCACCCCCAGGACUGUGCGCAGCAUUUACUGAAUGGCGACACGCAGAACGGAGUCUAUACCCUCUACCUUAAUGAUGACCAGAGUCAGAGUGUACCAGUGUUCUGUGACAUGACCACUGAUGGAGGAGGCUGGAUUGUGUUUCAGAGACGUCAGAAUGGUCUUACAGAUUUUUUCCGGAAGUGGGCCGACUAUCGUGUGGGUUUUGGGAACCUUGAGGAUGAAUUUUGGCUGGGGCUGGAUACGCUUCAUCAGCUUACUUCUCAGGGCCGUUACGAGCUGAGAAUUGACAUGCGCGAAGGACAGGAAGCCGUGUAUGCAUAUUAUAACAAGUUUUAUGUAGGCGAUCCACGGAGCAUGUACAAACUGCGCAUCGGGGACUACAACGGGACUUCAGGGGAUUCCCUUACUUACCACCAGGGGCGCCCAUUCUCUACCAAGGACAGAGACAAUGAUGUUGCUGUAACAAACUGCGCCUCGUCAUAUAAAGGAGCCUGGUGGUAUAAGAACUGUCACCGCACCAACCUGAAUGGAAAAUAUGGAGAGUCAAGGCACAGCCAGGGAAUAAACUGGUAUCACUGGAAAGGCCAUGAGUUCUCCAUUCCAUUUGUGGAGAUGAAGAUGAGGCCCUACAAUCAACGUACUAUGAAGAAACGCUCCCUCCAUCUCUGAUCUUUAUCGACCUACCAAGCACAGAUGUACUACUCCCACAUUGACCUAGUGCUGCCCUCUAGAACACUACUGGUCCAGCACGAACAUUUAUACUCAACAUCCAUCUCUUACCCCAGUGGUGGGCAAUAUUAUAUUUUCAGAGACCACUUAUGAAGCACCUUUUCUGCUACUCGGCCUGCAAGUUUUUUUUAACUAUGCCCUGAAUUAUGAAAAGUACUGCAUGCUUUCACACUGCCCCAGCAGGAAGUUAAUCCAUGGUUGGCUAAUCAUGUGGUUCAAUGGGAAACAUCAACACCAUUCAGUCAUGGGUUACUUUGUUCUGCAGGCUGUUUGAAUGUGUGGUGCUGGCAAUUCGCUGUCCCAAGCUCCAGAAAAGAGGGCUAGGGUGAUAAAUUUCUUCUCAUCAUGGGGUAUAAUUGGUGAACCUCAUGAAAGCAACAUGCUGCCCACCACUGUUUUAGCCUAUCCCUCUUUCACCAUCACUGACACAUGACUUUGUACAGGAUUGACGUCAACGUAAUUUGUCCCUGCCCUUCCUUCCUUUAUUUCAUCCUCCACUGUACAGUAUGCUCCUUCCCCCCUAACAAAUAAUUUUAUCCAAUAUCUGUCUACACACAGCUCCCAAGGGAAUACAUAUGAUAUUCCGGCAGACGGGAUACCGGCUGUCACUAUACCGAUGGCAGCAUCCCAGCAUCAAGUCCCCUCACGGGCUCAAGUUGCUUGCCACAGGUUAUAUUCAAACUCGGUUGGUGGCGUGGACCCACCACCGGAGUGGGAAUAAACCGCGUUUGUCGGUGGCAUUUUCACUGGCUGUCGGGAUUUCUGCCAUCAUUCUCCUGAACACCGAGAUCCCAACAGCUGGGAUGUUAACUGCAUCCCCUCCCAAGCCUUUACCUGCACCAUCCCAGGCUCCUCCUCACCUGUCCAGCACUGACACACCGUCAUCCAGUCAGCUGUUUUUGUUACCAUGUCCACCGUGUCCAUAGGAGCAUGGUGCAGUAUUAUUGUCUAUUUACCUUGCUCCUGUCGAUGCCAGCACCUCAGACCUUUUAGUUCUCCCCAAAGAAACAUCUGCUGUCAGAAGAGUAAUUGUCUUGCUAACAAUGUGCCAAAUUUUAUCCCCUCUUUCUUGCACCUCCAAUCUUUUUGAUUAAUGGAUCUUCCUUUAUAUAAUUGCUGGUGUCUGCAAGAAGACUGAGAUUCCCGUGUAGCACUGAGUACACAGCAGCAAACCAGGAACCUUCGAUACCUUUUUUCCCCCUAGCAUCUAUGACAGCACCGAUUUUCUCCAUACAAGAUUCAGCACUUCUCAUGUAUUGGGAUUUGUCAUUGCUGAUUUGCAUUGGCCAAAAGAGGCAUAAGAAUGCCCUGUUGCCUUACAGCCUAAGGGUUCUGCUGGUAUGGCCAAUUUCCAAAUUUAUGAAUUUGCUGUCAAGGGAGAAAAUAAUCUAUGUCCUGCUAUACAGGCAAUCCAAAUACUAGUUUCCCUCUAUAGACUGGUCCUGUUACCUGGAGAGCAUGGUGCUACAUAAGGUGGCACUUCCAGUAUGGUGAGUUGGGUAAUAGAAGAUUGGGAAGCAGGUCCCUAACUGCCAAAUAAAAGACUACUGAGAGGUGCCUGCAAAAGGGUUAAUUGCCCUAUUUAAUCUUGUAUCUCUAGUCCUGGAUGCUGUUAGCUGAUGUAUAGAUCCUUUUUUUAAUGCAUUUUCUAUACGUUAUUAAAAGAUUCCUAUGGGAUGAUA